CCAGACGCACACACAAACACACACAGAAAAACAACUUUUCCCUCAUGAAACCCGAUAAGCUUCAUGGGAUGUCGUUCCAAGAGUCUGACUCACUAACUAAGCCUCUCCAGACUGUUUGCUGCUCUUCGCUCACCAUGAAGAACAUUACGCAACUCUUUUUAGCACUCCUGCCAUGGUUGCUAUUCCUGUUUACUCCCAAAGGGUUUUGUGACCAGAGAGUUCAUUGCAUGUGGGGGCCUUUUGGUGACUGGACAGAGUGUGAUGGUUGCACCAAACUGCAGACAAGAAGCCGAGCCAUGGCUGUCUAUGCUCAGUUUGGAGGCAACCCCUGCUAUGGAGAGCGAACGGAGACGAGGUCCUGUAAAACCACAAAAGGCUGCCCUAUAGACGAUGGAUGUGGACGCAGGUUUCGCUGUCGUUCAGGCCAGUGUAUUAGCCAGACCCUGGUGUGUAACGGAGAUCAGGACUGUGAGGAAGAUGGACACGACGAACGUCUCUGUGAUGCUCAAAAACACAUUGUAUGUCAAGAAUCAGUUCUCCCACCUAACACUGACCUCCUAGGACUUGGGUUUGAUGUGGUUACAGGAAAAUGGAGGGGCAGUGUCAUCAACACAAAGAGCUUUGGGGGCCAGUGCCGUGUUAUCUACAGUGGGGUCCACAACGCUCGCUACCGACUGCCUCUUAGUACCAUCCAGUACAGUUUUAUGGUUACAGCUCAGAAUGACUUCAGUGAUGAAAUGUACACCAGUAAAUGGCACUACGCUAAGGACACGGUCAAAAGAGAGACAGUGUCUGGGACAACAACAGGAUAUAACAACUAUGACUUUCAUGAGACAACUGACAAGACUCAGACAUACAAGCUUUUGGUCUUAAAGAAUGACAUAGAGGUAGCUCAGUUCCAGAGUAACUCUCCUCAAUACCUCCCAAUAUCUGAGGAGCUGUGGAAGGCACUGGACAAGCUCCCAUCUGUGUACGACUACUCCGCCUACAGGAAGGUUUUGGAGAGGUUUGGAACACACUACCUGUCUGAGGGAAGUCUGGGAGGGUUUUUAAAAAUCAUCAGUUGGAUUGAUGAAGAAACUGAAAAAUGGAUGGUCACUGUAACUCAUCAUUAUCAAGAAUGUGAAAGGACCAAACGCUGGAUUCUUUUUUUCCCCCUCACCAUUGUGAACUGCAAGAGUGGUCAUCAUCAACACACAUCAUCCGGAAGUAAUGCCCGGACCAAUCAGGUGAAAAAAGUGGAUGUGGAGGGAGGAGACAUCCAACACAUUGCAGCAGUGAAGACCAUGCAGCUCAAUAAUCCUGAAAAGAACUGGGAAAUAUAUUCAAACUGGGCUGAGUCUAUUAGAUCAUUUCCUAAGGUCACAAAACAAAAGCUCCGGCCACUGUGGGAGCUGGUGAAGGAGGUUCAGUGUGCUGGGGUGAAGAAGCUCUACCUUCGCAGAGCCAUAGAGCAGUAUGUGGCCGAGAGCCACCCUUGCCACUGCCGGCCCUGCAGCAACAAUGGCAUGGCUGUUAUGGACGGAUAUGAAUGCAAAUGCAUCUGUAAGCCUGGCACAUCUGGACUGGCCUGUGAGCAGGGAACUGAUCCAGAGGGUCAGCAGGGUGUGAUCCAUGGUAGAUGGUCCUGCUGGUCUGCCUGGUCAUCAUGUUCUAGGGGUCAGAGCUCACGACACCGUUCCUGCUCUAAUCCCUCUCCUCAGAAUGGAGGACAGCCCUGUAUAGGAGAAACCACCGAGACAUCUGACUGUGAAGACCAAGAGCUGCAAUACUUAAGAACCAUGGAGCCUCAGUGCUUUGACUACACUCUCCCAGCAAGUCAGAAAUGUGCAACUCCACCUUCUCUAAUCAAUGGCUACAUCCUGGACCCUAAGGACAUUUACCUUGUGGGCAAUAAGGUUGAAUACACGUGCACUGAAGGUUUUCAUCUUGUUGGUCACACCACUCUGGAAUGCACUGCUGAUCAAACCUGGUCUGCCAACCCUGGACUGUGCACAGCCUCAGAGUGCAAAAUUGGAUCCCUCACUGAUGACAUCAUAGCCUCUCCUUUAAAGCAGGCUUAUGGGAUAGGAGAGUCUGUUGGCCUCUCUUGUCCAGAGGGUAGAUGGCUGUUAGGAGAAGCAACGAUUAUAUGUGACCCCAGUUUGAAUUUUUCACCAGACCCAGCAAAUAUCAAAUGCAGCCCAGUCCAAACACCACAACAACCCACCGUUCCCUCGGUGCAAUGUAAACCAUGGGAGAAGUCUGCCAGAGGAACAUGUGUUUGCAAAAUGCCUUUUGAGUGCAGUUCAUCACUGGAGUUGUGUGCCACUAAUCCUAGGAGUGGAAAAUCAGUCCUUCUGAAUGUGUGCAAAAUGCACACACUGCAGUGCAUGGGAAAGAGCCAGGCGAUAGCUGAGGACAGCACCUGCAAGUGGCCACAGCGCAAAACAACAGGUUGCACCGACUGCCACAUGUGGGAGACCUGUGAUGAUCAAACUAUCACAUGUCGCUGUAAGGACUCAGCAGAUUGCUCCACUCCAGGAGUAAAUGUGUGUGUCCAAUUUGGGGAGAAUGGAACCACACAUACCAUGAGCGAGUGUGAAGCCGGACUAAAGCGAUGUCAAGGAGAAAAGGUGUCAGUUGUCAGCAUCUUGCCUUGCACUUCCUAAGGAUCCAGGAGGAGGGCUGACCUUAUGACUUCACAUCUUCACUUUCCAUUAUACAUUAAUCCUCUCUUAAAUAUUCCAUAGUGGUGCCACUACUUAGCACACUGUAAAGGCGUAUUUUUUGCAUGUAUAAAAACAUAACAUUGUAUGUAACUUUGAUAAGACCAGGAUUAAAGAGCGGAACACUA